AUGGGUGGACUUCUCCUACUGGUGGGAGAUAGCAGGGAAGUUGAAGGAAUGCACUUGGUGAUGGAAGGCAUUGCAGAUGGUGUUAGAGAUUUCCUAAGCACAAGGAGAAACGUAAAGCAAUCUCUGAAGAAUCAACACCUAUGCAGAGAUGCCCUGAAAGAAUACACAGACAAUACAAAGAUAGUAACAGAGAUCACUUCCAAAACGAUGGCCAAGUCGUUGCAACUAGAAGAAGACCGUUUCCGGCAUCAGUUCGGUAAAGGGGCAAUGCUGCAAGCAAGGUUUAACUACUACUCGCAAUGCCAGAGGCCUGAUCUCAUUACGGGCUUAAAACCCCAUGCAGAUGGAUCAGGGUACAGAGUCAUUUUGCAAUAUGAAGUUGGUCUUCAAAUCUUCAACAAGGACAAAUGGCAUACAGUCCCAUAA